AUGACUUCGGAGGAGUCUCAGGAAUACUGUAAAAGAUUCAACGGCUCUUUCAGCAUUGUGUCACCAAAAGAGCAACUGGCCGCUACGAGGCUGAUGAGAAGGCUCCAGAUCACAGAACCAGUGUGGGUGGACCUGCAGCAGAGCAGCUCCCUGGGGUUCUGGGGCUGGACCACUGGAGAGACUCUGGCCUGGAACAACUGGAAGGGUGGGCAGGUGCCCCAGCUGCCCCUCUACCAUCACUGUGGUGCCCUGAUGCCCGAGAAGGAUGAUUUCAAGUGGACUGACAUGAACUGCAUGAUCAAGCAGCGGGCUCUUUGUUACGAUGGGGUUGUUACCUCCGCCAAGGAGUACAUGUGA